UUGGCACCAUGGAACGCUUAGCAUUCUUAGUAGUUUUAGCUUUAUUCUCUGCUGCAACUUUUGCGGAAAUCAAUGUAGAAGAAGAUGUAACGUUCCGUCUUUUUACCAAAAAUAAUAAAUAUGAAUGGAAAAACCUUGGUUUUGACGUUGAAAAUAUUACCUCGUCUGGUUUCGAUUUCGACAAAGACACUAAGAUCAUCACCCAUGGAUUUUUAAAUAACGGAAGUGGAAUGUCUUGCAUCGCUUUAAGAGAUGCUUUCCUCGAACACCAAGAUUUGAAUGUAAUUAUUGUUGAUUAUGACAAAAUUGCCGCUGAUUUACUUUUGAUGCCCGAAGAUAAAGUAAAAAUGACUGGAGAACAUGUGGCCAAAAUGGUUGAUUUUCUGAUUCUCCAUGGACUUGAUACAAGUAAAAUUCACUUAUUAGGUCACAGUUUAGGUGGUCAUGUCGUUGGAUAUGCUGCUACACAUGCACAUAAUGGAAAAGUUGCUAGAGUUUCUGGUUUGGAUCCUGCCCUUAUGGUCAAUAUGGACGACGACGCCGUUCUUAAUCCCGAUGCAGCUGAAUACGUCGAUGUCAUUCACACAUGCCAAGGAGUCUAUGGUACCACCAAAUCAAUUGGAACAGUUGAUUUCUGGCCCAACGGUGGCCGUGCCACACAACCAACAUGCGACGUUUUAGGAGGUGUUACUUGCAGCCAUUACGAAGCUGUUCGUUUCAUGACUAGAAGCAUAAAUGAUCCUGAAAGAUACCCUGCUCGUUUUUGCAAAUCUGAGGAUGAUUUUAAUGAUGGAAUCUGUGAUGGUAAUGAAAUCGCUUACAUGGGUAUUGCUGCUGGGCGCCCAGCAUUUGGAGAUUAUUACAUCAAUACUGAAGAUGAAGGCGAUGAUAUUAAUUAAUGGUUUUUAUUAAAAAUAAGUGAUUUUUAUUGUAUUACCUCUGUAAAAUAAAUAUACUAUUA